GGUUUCUGCGCUUGCCGGUGUUGGGUGUGCGUUCGUCUCGGCUCCGCAAUUUUCGUAUUUAGAGCUUUUAAUUAUAAUAUAAAUUUAGCGAUUUUAUUUACUACAAAUAACGUAGUAGGUAUAUGUUAAGUUGUACAAGAAGCUACUGUGAGCUUCAAUAAGUGUGAAUAUUACGUAUAAGAGUGAAUUUAACGAAUACUUUUAAUUUUACUUGUGUGUAAAAUAAGACGAUUUUAAAGUCAUUACGAGUACCAUGGCCAAAACCGAGAAGUCAUUUCCGAGAAACUUUACAGGACGUCUGACAUGCGUCCAGGUGCUGAACAUCAUGGUACUGCUGGGGUUCAUGCUGAACUACUCUCUACGUGUCAACCUGACUAUCGCCAUUGUGGAGAUGAUCUACGAUGAAAAUGACAACGUUACAGCCCUUAAUCACAAUAUUACAGACAGUCUCAAUGUUACAGAGCACCCAGAGCACAUUCAACAAACCCGCUACCACUGGAACACGAAAGAGAAGAACCUGCUUCUGGGUUGCUUCUUUUGGGGAUACGUGCUCACAGAAUUACCAGGCGGGCGACUGGCAGAGGUUAUUGGAGCCAGACGAGUCUUCGGCUACAGCACGCUCCUAGCCAGCCUCCUCACGCUGUUGACUCCCGGCUCAGCAGCCGCCGGCUUCGGCUGGGCUGUCGCUGUGAGGAUGUUCCUGGGCUUCUGUCUUGGGGCCACAUGGCCUGCAAUUCUGCCCAUGGCUUCGAAAUGGAUUCCGCCUAUGGACAGAUCCAAGUUCAUGUCAAACAUGAUGGCAUCUUCACUCGGCGCGGCCGUAACGAUGCCGAUCUGUGGAUUUCUUAUCGCACACUUUGGAUGGGAAUCUGCUUUCUAUUUCACUGGUAUAAUCGGCGUAAUGUGGUCCGUGGCAUGGUUCGCGGUGGUGUACGACACUCCUGCUCAACAUCCGCGCAUUUCCGACACCGAGAGAAACUACCUAACUAAAGUGCUGCCACAGGAUUCUAAUAAGAAAGGGCAUCUCGCUGUACCCUGGAAGAGCAUGCUCCUGUCAGGACCCGUCUGGGCAAUCAUCAUCACCCACGGAGCAUCCGUCUUCGGCUACUUCACUGUAGUGAAUCAGCUGCCCACUUACAUUGAAAGCAUUCUGCAUUUUAGCAUCAAACAUAAUGGCCUCCUUUCUUCUCUGCCGUACCUUGGCAAGUACCUGUGCGCCUUGGCGUCGUCAGUCCUCGCCGACUCGCUACGCAGGAGUGGACGGCUCUCCACCACAGCCGCCAGGAAGCUGUUUACUGGAUUUGCUGUCGGAUUACCAGGUGUUCUGAUGCUGGCGCAGGCGUUCUUCGGCCACGACCGCGUGUGGUCAAUGGCCAUCUUCACCAUCGCGCUUACUAUCAACGGUGCUGUUACUGCUGGUUACCUCGGCAACGGGCUCGACAUUGCUCCUAGCUUCAGUGGGACGAUAUUCGGCAUGGCAAACACGCUGUCGUCGUUCGGUGGAUGGCUGUCCACUUUUAUGGUCGGCGAACUGACCAAAGACAAUAACACCUACGGCCAAUGGCAGAUUGUAUUCUUCAUCUUGGCAGGCACGUAUGUCGCCGGCGCUCUCGUCUUCAUAUUGUUUGGUUCUGGGGAAUUACAACCGUGGAGCCAGGGCACGCAGAAGCCAAAGGAAGAAGAACGUUUGAACGACCAAACCGCGUGAAGCGAGAGGUCAGGGUAUAUUGGAUGAAGUUUGGGAAGGUUCAUAAUGCUCCUUGUGAAUUUAGAGGUUAAUA